AUGACCUAUAACCAUGUAUGCGAUACAACGUACACACAUCCUAGCUUUUUGCUCUUCGCAAUAUCUGUUGGGGUCACACAUUUGACUAUGGCGCUUCUGACAGCUGCGAGACAGGACCUCAGAAAGUUAGGAGUACCGGUCGUUCGGGUUGUUACACGCGAUGGAGCAUGGUCCUUGGUUAUAGUCUGCACUUUGUUCGCUGCCAUAGUCCCUUAUUCAUAUUCGCUUCACGUUGAGAAAGCCCAUGUCGUCUUUGGGUGGCCAAUUACGAUCCUAUCGAUAUGCACCGUUAGAUAUACCGACACUGACCCAGAGCGCACUAGAUCAAGGAACACAGAUACUACGAUAAUCAUAUCCGAGAUUCAUACUCUGGAACUUGAGAUGCAGGAGUACAUUUAUUUUUCACAUGCGGAUACGGUUGUAAACAGCACAACUAACUAA